AUAAAAUAAAAAAAAAAUUACCAUGGUAAACAUCCAAACUAUUCCCACCAAGCCUUUUGAAGGACAAAAGCCUGGUACCUCAGGUCUUCGUAAACGUGUCAAAGUAUUCCAAGAAAAGAACUACACCGAAAACUUUGUACAGGCUAUUCUUGAAGCUAUUCCCGAAUCUGAUGGUGGCGCUAAAGGUGCUACUCUAGUCAUUGGUGGUGAUGGUCGUUACUAUUCUAAUGAAGUACUUCAAGUUAUUGUUAAAUGCAGUGUUGCACAAGGUGUAUCCAAAUUGAUUGUUGGUCGUAAUGGUAUUGUCUCUACACCAGCAGCAUCCAACAUCAUUCGUAAACAUAAGGCUACUGGUGGUAUCCUCUUGACUGCUUCUCAUAAUCCAGGUGGACCUGAUAACGACUUUGGCAUCAAAUAUAACUGCUCCAACGGUGGUCCUGCUCCUGAAUCUGUCACUGACAGAAUCUAUGAAAUCUCAAAGACUAUCAAGGAACUCAAAUUAGCAGAUGUGCCCGAAAUUGACUUUUCCAAGUUAGGUACUCAAACUGUAGGCGACAUGACAAUCGAGGUCAUUGAUGGUGUGGAUGACUAUGUUCAAUUGAUGAAGGACAUUUUUGACUUUGACAGCAUCAAGGAAUUCUUCAAGAAGAACACAGACUUUAAGAUGCUCUUUGACGGUAUGAAUGGUGUUACCGGACCCUAUGGUUACCGUUUAUUCGUUGAAGAAUUUGGCUUACCCGAGUCUAAUGUCAUGCGUUGUAAACCUCUUCCUGAUUUUGGUGGUGGACAUCCUGAUCCUAACCUGACCUAUGCUCACGACUUGGUGGAAGCUGUUAACAAGCAAGGAUUUGACUUUGGUGCUGCUUCAGAUGGUGAUGGUGAUCGUAACAUGAUCAUCGGCAAAAACGCCUUUGUAACUCCCUCUGAUAGUGUAGCCAUCAUUGCUCACUAUGCCAAGGAUGCUAUUCCUUACUUUAAGAAACAUGGUAUCAACGGCCUGGCUCGCUCCAUGCCCACCUCUCAAGCUGUAGAUUUAGUAGCUAAAAAGAUGGGAGUUGAGCACUUUGAAGUGCCCACAGGCUGGAAAUUCUUUGGUAAUCUCAUGGAUGCUGGCCGUUGUUCCAUCUGUGGUGAAGAAUCUUUUGGUACAGGUUCAGAUCAUAUUCGUGAAAAGGACGGUGUCUGGGCUAUUUUAGCAUGGUUGAGCAUCAUUGCACAUGUCAAUAAGGAAAAGCGCGCAAGUGUGCAGGAUAUCCUUCAAGACCACUACAAGAUCUAUGGACGAAACUUCUUCUCUCGAUACGACUAUGAAGAAGUCGACAGUAAAGGUGCUGAAGAAAUGGUAGACUAUCUUCGUGGAUUAAUCGAAAAGAACCAAUUGGUUGGUAAGACCUUUGGUGGAUUUACCGUAGCUGCAGCAGAUGACUUUGAAUACAAGGACCCUAUUGACGGCAGUGUAGCAAAGAAGCAAGGUAUUCGUAUCGUCUUUAAAGAUGGAUCACGUAUUAUCAUUCGUUUAUCUGGCACUGGCUCUCAAGGAGCAACGGUACGUCUUUAUGUCGAAAAGUACACAAAUGAUGCCUCAGAAUAUACCAAGGACACACAAGCUGCUUUGAAGCCAUUGAUUGAUGUUGCAUUGGAUUUGUCUCAGCUUGAAAAAUACACUGGACGCAAGGAACCCACUGUGAUCACUUAAAAAUAAUAAUAAAAUUCCUGCAGAGC